AUGGAGAAUAAAGUUUUGAAGAGAAGUGAAGCGGAAGAAGAGAUAUUCAGUGAUGAAUCAAUCAGAAGUCGGAUAAUUUUUUUCCUUCCCCUCAAAGACGCUGUUAGAACUAUUACCAUACAACAAAAAUGUUCUUUAUGCUAUAAACAAUGCCUAAGAUUUUGCUUUGAGUAUGUUAAGUCUAAGUUGACGCUUUGUUCUGACUGCCAUGAGCACAAGAAACCUGCCGACAUUGCGAGCAAUCCACAUUGCGAGCACAUGUUUUCUAUAGAUUGGCCGGCCAACAGGAAAACACUUCUUGGUGCAAGAGCAAGAGAUUUUGUUAAUUUUGUUUCCAGAACAUUGCUUCUCAUUGACAACAAUAGAUCAAGCAGGCCAUUAGAAAAGUAUUCUAUAGUGAUCAACAACAAGUGGGAGGACGAGCUUCUAAAUACUUGGAUAUCAAGCAUCCUUAAUGGAAUGGUAAAAGAACUCAAAAUCCAUUGA